UGGUCUAUAGUGAGUUCUGAUCACGAUUUGGUACUUUUUGAAGAAAUUUUUUUGACGCACUUUUCAAAAUUUUGCAAAACCAAAACUUUUUAGGCGGUUUUGUGUAUGGAGGGUUACUAGUCUCGGGGUCACUUUUUGACCAAAAAACCACUAUAUAUCAUUCGAAAGGUAAUUUCAAGGGCUACAAAAAAUUGUUCUACGGCACCCCCCUCCGACGUCUAGUAUUCGAGUUAUUGAGGAAAAACAGUUUAUAGUUAAUUUUUCACUCGAUUUUUCACCAUGUAUCGCACAUUACUCCGGUUCUAUACAUUGGAUCGUCUAUCUUUAAGAUUUUAUGGGUAGUUCCAACUGUUUGCUACAUUUCAUCCGUACAUCACAAAGCGAUUCAAUGUCUGUGCUAGAAGUUAUUAGAGGGAUAAAAAAAAUUACCCUUGGCUUUGCCCCGUAAAAUUUUACCCAUUUUGCCACUUUGGAUCCUUAUAACUCGGUCAGUUUCCAAUGGAUCUUCAAUUGUAGCACAUAUUUGGAUAGAUCUGGUCAUUAGCUACCAAAAGUUAUUCUACGCCGAUGUGCUAAGUUGUCUGUGGAAAAAGUUAUUCAAGGUACAAAGACUUAACAUUUUCUCAACUUUUCCAAAAAAUUCCUCAUUUUGCCACUUUGGAUCCUUAUAACUCGGUCAGUUUCCAAUGGAUCUUCAAUUGUAGCACAUAUUUGGAUAGAUCUGGUCAUUAGCUACCAAAAGUUAUUCUACGCCGAUGUGCUAAGUUGUCUGUGGAAAAAGUUAUUCGAGGUACAAAGACUUAACAUUUUCUCAAUUUUCCUAAAAAAUUCCUCAUUUUGCCACUUUGGAUGCUUAUAACUCGGUCAGUUUCCAAUGGAUCUUCAAUUGUAGCACAUAUUUGGAUAGAUCUGAUCAUUAGCUACCAAAAGUUAUUCUACGCCGAUGUGCUAAGUUGUCUGUGGAAAAAGUUAUUUGAGGUACAAAGACUUAACAUUUUCUCAAUUUUUCCUAAAAAAUUCCUCAUUUUGCCACUUUGGAUGCUUAUAACUCGGUCAGUUUCCAAUGGAUCUUCAAUUGUAGCACAUAUUUGGAUAGAUCUGGUCAUUAGCUACCAAAAGUUAUUCUACGCCGAUGUGCUAAGUUGUCUGUGGAAAAAGUUAUUCGAGGUACAAAGACUUAACAUUUUCUCAAUUUUUCCAAAAAAAUUCCUCAUUUUGCCACUUUGGAUGCUUAUAACUCGGUCAGUUUCCAAUGGAUCUUCAAUUGUAGCACAUAUUUGGAUAGAUCUGGUCAUUAGCUACCAAAAGUUAUUCUACGCUGAUGUGCUAAGUUGUCUGUGGAAAAAGUUAUUCGAGGUACAAAGACUUAACAUUUUCUCAACUUUUCCAAAAAAAUUCCUCAUUUUGCCACUUUGGAUGCUUAUAACUCGGUCAGUUUCCAAUGGAUCUUCAAUUGUAGCACAUAUUUGGAUAGAUCUGAUCAUUAGCUACCAAAAGUUAUUCUACGCCGAUGUGCUAAGUUGUCUGUGGAAAAAGUUAUUCGAGGUACAAAGACUUAACAUUUUCUCAAUUUUUCUAAAAAAAUUCCUCAUUUUGCCACUUUGGAUGCUUAUAACUCGGUCAGUUUCCAAUGGAUCUUCAAUUGUAGCACAUAUUUGGAAAGAUCUGCUCAUCAGCUACCAAAAGUUAUUCUACGCCGAUGUGCUAAGUUGUCUGUGGAAAAAGUUAUUUGAGGUACAAAGACUUAACAUUUUCUCAACUUUUCCAAAAAAAUUCCUCAUUUUGCCACUUUGGAUGCUUAUAACUCGGUCAGUUUCCAAUGGAUCUUCAAUUGUAGCACAUAUUUGGAUAGAUCUGGUCAUUAGCUACCAAAAGUUAUUCUACGCUGAUGUGCUAAGUUGUCUGUGGAAAAAGUUAUUCGAGGUACAAAGACUUAACAUUUUCUCAACUUUUCCAAAAAAAUUCCUCAUUUUGCCACUUUGGAUGCUUAUAACUCGGUCAGUUUCCAAUGGAUCUUCAAUUGUAGCACAUAUUUGGAUAGAUCUGGUCAUUAGCUACCAAAAGUUAUUCUACGCCGAUGUGCUAAGUUGUCUGUGGAAAAAGUUAUUUGAGGUACAAAGACUUAACAUUUUCUCAAUUUUUCCUAAAAAAUUCCUCAUUUUGCCACUUUGGAUGCUUAUAACUCGGUCAGUUUCCAAUGGAUCUUCAAUUGUAGCACAUAUUUGGAUAGAUCUGGUCAUUAGCUACCAAAAGUUAUUCUACGCCGAUGUGCUAAGUUGUCUGUGGAAAAAGUUAUUCGAGGUACAAAGACUUAACAUUUUCUCAAUUUUUCCAAAAAAAUUCCUCAUUUUGCCACUUUGGAUGCUUAUAACUCGGUCAGUUUCCAAUGGAUCUUCAAUUGUAGCACAUAUUUGGAUAGAUCUGGUCAUUAGCUACCAAAAGUUAUUCUACGCCGAUGUGCUAAGUUGUCUGUGGAAAAAGUUAUUUGAGGUACAAAGACUUAACAUUUUCUCAAUUUUUUAAAAAAAUUCCUCAUUUUGCC